AGCUCCUUUGUUGCUUGCCUGCCUGCGGGCAGGGCGAUUUGUUUUGCAUUUCUGUUUGAGUGGAACAUCAACACUUCCUUUUUCUGCUUGAAAGCGUCUGUCUUCUCCACUGACACUGGCCCUAAGGCCCCAAAAAGAUGUUUUCUUUACUCCCCAAGCUCGCUCCACCCCUUUCCAAAACUGCUCUCCACCUGCCUAAAUCCUUCAGCACCACCACUCCACAGCCGCAAGAUACCACCUCCGCCGCCGCCAUCCUCACCAACCUUAUCCUAACCUCCACCAACCCAAAAUCCCUUACCCAAUCCCUCCUCUCCCCCUCCAUCAACUGGACCCCACGUUUAGUCGACACCAUCCUCAAGCAGCUCUGGAACCACGGCCCCAAAGCCCUCCAAUUCUUCCACCUCCUCCUCCACAACCACCCUUCCUACAUCCACUCCGUUUCCUCCUUCGAUCAUGCCAUCGACAUCGCUGCCCGUCUCCGUCACUACGCCACCGUCUUCACCCUCCUCCACCGUAUGCGCUCUCUCCGCCUCCACCCCACCCCCAAAACCUUCGCCAUCAUCGCCGAAAGGUACGUCGCCGCUGGAAAACCCGAUAAAGCCCUUAAAAUCUUCUUGUCAAUGCAUGAACAUGGUUGUUUCCAGGAUUUGCAUUCUUUUAAUACAAUUCUUGAUGUUUUAUGUAAAGCUAAACGUGUUGAGAAAGCAUGCAACUUUUUUAAAGUACUCAGAGGAAAGUUUAAAGCUGAUGUUAUUAGUUAUAACAUAAUCGCAAACGGUUGGUGCUUGAUUAAGAGGACAAAUAGGGCUCUUGAGACUUUAAAGGAGAUGGUGGAAAAAGGUUUGGCUCCAAAUUUGACUACGUAUAAUAUAAUGCUAAAAGGCUAUUUUAGAGCCGGUCAAAUUGAAGAGGGUUGGAAGUUUUUUCUGGAAAUGAAGAAGAGAAAGUGUGAAAUUGACGUUGUCACUUAUACUACUGUAGUUCAUGGACUUGGCGUUGCUGGGGAGAUUAAGAGGGCUCGAAAAGUUUUCGAUGAGAUGGUUAGGGAAGGUGUGUUGCCUUCAGUUGCAACUUACAAUGCUCUGAUUCAAGUUUUGUGUAAGAAAGAUUGCGUGGAGAAUGCUGUUUUGGUUUUUGAGGAGAUGUUGAGGAAGGGUUAUGCUCCGAAUUCAACUACUUAUAAUGUGGUGAUUAGGGGGUUGUGUCAUAAAGAACAAAUGGAUAGGGCUAUUGAAUUUAUGGAUAAAAUGAGGGAUGAUGAGUGUGGACCAAAUGUGCAGACAUACAAUAUCGUGAUUCGGUAUUUCUGUGAUGCUGGUGAGAUUGAGAAAGGUUUGGAGUUGUUUCAAAAAAUGAGUUGUGGUGAUUGCUUGCCAAAUUUGGAUACGUACAAUAUUUUGAUAAGUGCAAUGUUUGUAAGGAAGAAACCCAAUGAUUUAGUGGUGGCUGGGAAGUUGUUGAUUGAGAUGGUUGAUAGAGGAUUUAUGCCUCGAAGAUUAACCUUCAAUCGGGUUUUGGAUGGACUUUUGCUGACAGGUAAUCAAGGUUUUGCAAAGGGGAUUUUGAGAUUGCAGAGCAGAUGUGGCCGUCUUCCUCGACAGUUUAAAUUGUGAAGCCUGUUCUAUCUGAUUUGGGCUUAUCAACACUGUUGAUCUCAUUCCUAUUUCUGAGGAAUUAUGUCUCUUUACUUUCUAAAAUGCAGUGAUUGUGAAGAAAUCUGGUACUUUUUGUGUGACUGUCCAGUUCUUGAGUGCAUAGCUGUACCCAAGUGCAGGAUUUAGACUCGAUGGCUGAUCAUUUGCCUUGUAGCACUUUUGGACAAAAUCCUUCUGUUGCGUAAAAUUUACAAACUCUUUUAGCACGAACCUUGUUUCAUUUAAUUGCUGCGGGGAGAAUAUGAGGUUGCUUCUAAGCAAUGUUGCCAUGUUUAUUGAAGUAUGUACUGGUGAGGAAUUCGUGAGGGUACAAAUCAUUUUCUCAACCUGCUUUAAUGUCAGAUAGAGAUGCUUGAACUGAACAUUUGUCAUCAUGAGGAAGUUUUGCAAGCUUAAUUAACUUUCCAAAUCAACCAAUCUUAAGCUUUUGCAUUGGAGGAUGAUAAUCUUUUUGAAUUGAUGUCCUUGAUGACGCAGCUUCUUACUUGCAGAUAUGUGUUCCGGAGGUGGUGGAGAGGUUUUCUUUGUAAUACUUGAAGAGAGAGGAACAGCAGGCUUCAGUCGUAGGAACUGCAGUGUAUUAUGAGCGUAGUGUCGCAUUAUCAGUAGUGCUGUCCAGUGUAGGGUAUAAAGUUGUCCAAGGAUGUAAGGAUGCAUAAUAGCAUAAUAGCCGUCCAGUGUAGUGUGUCUUGAGCCUGAAGUGCGAAACGAGUCAGUUGUUAUUGGGGGGCAUAAUAGCAUAAUUUUGGCUCUGCUACUGCAUUCUUUGGUUUGAUAGCUUGUUAGUUAUGGUGUUUCUCUUGUGGCUGAGUUAUGGCUGUGCCUGUUGGGAUAAAAGAAGUGAAGUUGGUCCAAGUUUAACAGCUGUAAUAUUAUUUUAUAUCUUAUAAUGUUCAAACUGCCCUUUUUUCUUUAAAGGUCUCAAGGUGUUGUUUCCAGAA